ACGACGAAGUGUGUUGUUUACGCAUACGCUAAGUUCAAGAUGGCUGCUGGAGACAACAGCGGCAGGCCUCCUUGCCUUAAUUUCUCCGGCGCUGGUCCUUUGGGAAACAGCCAGCCCAGUAACAGCGUUUUCUCGAUGCCUGUGUCCAACGGCGGAGCGGUCGGUGCAGCCGGGGGAGCGCAGGGAGUCGCGAGGCGUCCCAACCCGCAGCUGGGGCCUGGCGGCGGCGACAGCAACGGUGUCGCGACCGGAGCACCGCCGACUGCGCAGAACUCCCUGCAGCAGUCCGCUGCGGCAGGUGCUGCGGCAACCGGAGCCAUGGCCACCCCGGCGUCUAACAUGGCAACCGCAGCGUCGAACGCGUCGCAGUCGGGCGCGCCGACCGCCACUCCGGCGGCCGCGUCCGUGCUGGUGUACCGAGAACCGGUUUACAACUGGCAGGCUACGAAGAGCACCGUGAAGGAGCGGUUUGCUUUCCUGUUCAACAACGAGGUGCUGAGCGACGUUCAUUUUCUAGUGGGCAAAGGAAUGGGGGUCCAGAGGAUACCUGCGCACAGGUUUGUUCUGGCUGUGGGCAGCGCUGUGUUCGAUGCCAUGUUUAACGGUGGGAUGGCGACGACCUCAACGGAAAUCGAGCUUCCAGAUGUGGAACCAGCUGCUUUUCUAGCCCUGCUGAAGUAA